AUGGCAGGUAACAGUGUAAUUUGCCAGCUAGCCGACGCAGAGGGCAAGUUGGCCGGCAACCCCGUCGACAUUCCGCAAGACGCGGGGCCUAGGGAAUUGACGGCGCUGCUUAACGCUAUCCUCAACAAUGAGGAGAGGCUACCAUACGCGUUCUACAUAGACGACAGGGAGGUCUCAGAGCCUCUAGGGGAGCACCUCAGACAACAUAAAGGUGCCUCCCCGCCCUUCCCUCCGUCCCCUUGCUUCUCCGCCCUUGCCUCUCCGCGCCUCCGUCCCCUUGCCUCUCCGCCCUCGCCUCUCCGCCCUCGCCUCUCCGCCCUCGCCUCUCCGCCCUUGCCUCUCCGCGCCUCCGUCCCCUUGCCUCUCCGCCCUUGCCUCUCCGCGCCUCCGUCCCCGCCCGCCCUUCCCGCCCCGGCCUGCCACUGGAUCCUCGUCUUGUCGGUGGAGAAGGUGCUAUCCAUCGUGUACCAGCCACAAGCCGUGUUCCGAAUCCGAUCCGUCACUCGCUGCUCCGCCACCAUCCCAGGCCCCUUCAGUUCCCCCUCUCUCCUAUUCAAGUCCCCCUCUCUCCUAUUCAAGUCCCCCUCUCUCCUAUUCAAGUCCCCCUCUCUCCUAUUCAAGUCCCCCUCUCUCCUCUUCAAGUCCCCCUCUCUCCUCUUCAAGUCCCCCUCUCUCCUCUUCAAGUCCCCCUCUCUCCUCUUCAAGUCCCCCUCUCUCCUCUUCAAGUCCCCCUCUCUCCUCUUCAAGUCCCCCUCUCUCCUAUUCAAGUCCCCCUCUCUCCUCUUCAAGUCCCCCUCUCUCCUCUUCAAGUACUCCGGCCACACGGAGGCGGUGCUAGCAGUCGCAUUUUCCCCGGACAGCAAGCAGCUGGCGAGCGGAUCAGGAGACACAACAGUGCGGUUCUGGGACGUGGACACGCAGACGCCGCUCAAGACGCGCGCGGGGCACAAGAACUGGGUGCUGUCGCUGGCAUGGUCGCCCGAUGCCAAGUGGCUGGCCACGGGGGGCAUGGACGCCCACGUGCUGCUGUGGGAGUCGCCUGCUGGGGAGAAAGACCCCGUUGCUCUCAAGGUGAGGGAAGAGGGAUCAGGUGGGCAGGGGGGUGGAUGGGCUGGUUUUGGGUUUGUGACCGCUGCUGUGGCUGAGGGGUGUGGUGCGAGUUUGUUGGAGACAGAGGGGGAAAGGGGGAGGGAGAAGGGGAAAGGGGGAGGGGGGAAGGGGAAAGGGGGAAGGGGGAAGGGCAUGGUCGCCCGAUGCCAAGUGGCUGGCCACGGGGGGCAUGGACGCCCACGUGCUGCUGUGGGAGUCGCCUGCUGGGGAGAAAGACCCCGUUGCUCUCAAGGUGUGAGUGUGUUGGGGGGGGGUUGUCGGGGGGGAGAGGAAAGAGGGGAGAGGAACGGUGUGGGUGGGCUUGUGACUGCUGCUGUGGGAGUCGCCUGCUGGGGAGAAAGACCCCGUUGCUCUCAAGGGCCACCGCAAGUGGAUAAUGGCCAUAGCAUGGGAGGCGGGCCACCGCAAGUGGAUAACGGCCAUAGCAUGGGAGCCGGCACACGUGGCGCUGCCGUGCCGGCGCCUGGCGAGUCUCGGGACUGCACAGUGCGCAUGUGGAGUGCUGUCAACGGUGCUGCUCUGCAGCAGCUUAAGGGUCACGGGCACUGGGUGAACUCGCUAGCGCUGAGCACGGACUAUGCGCUAAGAACAGGCGCGUUUGACCACGGGGGAGUCAACGGCCUCCCCGCAACGGACGAGGAACGCAAGGAGAAGGCGCGAGUGCGGUACGAGGCGGUGAAGGGAGCGAGUGGGGAGAGGCUGGUGUCAGGAUCGGAUGAUUUCACCAUGGUGCUCUGGCACCCCGCUGCUGCCAUGCAGCCCAACUCCCCACUCGCUGCCGCUCUUAAAGCCAAGCUCACAGGUCACCAGCAGCUGGUGAACCACGUGUGCUUCUCCCCUGACGGUCGCUGGCUGGCGUCCGGGUCGUUUGACAAGAGUGUGAAGCUGUGGGACGGGGUGUCAGGGCGCUUCAUUGCGUCCUUCCGAGCACACGUCAGCCCCAUCUACCAGCUCUGGUGGGGGGGGGUGAAGGGGGGGGGAUGGGCGGAGAGAGGGAGAGGGCGAGUGGGGGAGGGAGUGUUUUGA